AUGGAUUCUCUGAAGGCAAAAGACUUGACGCAAACAGGUUACACUGUUGAUGGGUUUAUACAAGUUAUCCAGGUGUGGGCGUACUAUGCUAUGCCAGAAUUGGGUGCUAAUUAUGGGUCUCCCGUACCAGACAGACCGUCUCCACUGUUGCUGGCUUACAAGGGUGGCCAAGGACGACACAGAUGUUUUAAGUCGGCUAUCAACAUACAUGUUAACGUGAACAACUUUGUUCAGAAGGACCUUGAUGAAAUGUUUCCAGAAUGGGACGGAGACGUAGAGGACCAUGCCGCGGAUAACAUAAUUAAAGUCAUGUUUAAUGAUCCUGGAUGGAAGUGGACCAUGGAUUGCUGGCAAGUCACCGGUACUCACAAGGUUGUGAAGAUGGAAGUGAGUCCAGUGAAGAAUGAAGUGAGUUCAGUGAAGACGGAAGCGACUACAGUGAAGUCAGAGAGUGUUGUGAAGGAAGAAAGUAGCAGGCCUCGGAAGAAAGCUCGUAAAGGGUCUUCUGUUUCUGCUGAGGCACCUGCAGCGGGUAGUGAUGGCUUUGGGAUGACGAAAGAGCAGACUGAAAGGGCCUUCAAGGACAUAUCUGAUGCCAUUAGUGAUGGCUUUGGGACAUGCCUUAGGGAUAUCAAGUUGCUGGGGGAUAGGAUGGGAGCUGUGGAGAAGAUGAUCACCGAAAAAGGGAGUUCAUCUGAUGAUCUUCAACUUACAACCACUUCAAAUCCACCAAAUCCUGUGCACAAACCCGGGAGUGAAAGUGUGAAUGAGGCGAAAGCAGGACAGAAUGAAGCCAAAGAACAUAGUGUUACUACAGAACCGAGUUCCUCGACAGAGCUCUGUCUUGUGAAACCUGCAGACGACUUACUGAGUGAUGAACCUAGCGUUCUUAUAUUGGACAAACAAGUACCCACUGCUUCAGAUUUACUCUUGGAGGAAGCUAGAAGGCAGACAAAGAAGGAGACUGCUAUGGUGAUUUUCCGUGAAAAAAGUGAGCGAGAAAGGAAACUUGCUCCCACACAGCAAACUCCUUUUAAGAGAAACAUCACUGCCAAACAGAUUAUUCCAAACAAAAAGAUUGGCCGAGGCUAUGAUCCUUUUGCACCCUAUGAUAAGAAGAAGUUGAAGGAGCUCACUGAAUGGCUGGAACAAGAUCCGUAA